GAUAUCGCGAAUAGGGGAGCAGUGAACUUUGUUCGCGUAUUUUACUCUGCCUAUGAUUCAGAGAAGCGCGUUGAGACUAUCCCAAAGUUCUAUCGGCCCACAUCUACGUUUCACUGGAAUGGAAAUCUUAUACUGCAUGACAAACUCCUUGAAUUCUUGGGCGGACUUCCUGCUACGAAACAUGAUAUCCACACUUACGAUUGUCAUGCCGUGCCUGAAACGACACCCCCAUCGCUCUUCAUCACUGUCACCGGCAAUGUCUCCCAUGGUUCUGCUGACUCGAACGCCAGAAGUUUCAACGAUCUUCCUCGUGUCUUCUCCCAAGCCUUCCUCCUGCAACCCGAAAUCCCUCCAGCGAUUGGAAACACGGCCGAUAUAAAGUAUUACAUUGUUUCAGACACAUUCCGAUUUGUGGGGUGA